AGUACCGCAGCCCACGGGAGUCCCUGGUGCCGCGGAGGCGGGACUCGAGGAGGAGCAGCUCUGCCCACUGCCAUGGUGGCACUUCCAGAGUCGGAUCGCGCCCCCUGGAACUACAACUCCCAGCAGCCUGCGCGGCACGUCCUGGUCGACGCCGGGGGAGCGGCCGCCAUUGUCCGCGGCGGAGGUGAGGCGGUCGCCGGGGUGGUGGGGCGGCUGUCGCCCGGAGGGCCCAAGGGUCGGGAGGACACGCUGGGAGAGGCGGCGUCUGCCUUUGGUGCCGGCGCGGCGCCUGGGCCGGUCGAGCGCCUGCCCUCUCCGUGCCGGCUUCGCGCCCCCGUUUCCCUCAGCCCUCCGACCCCCGCCUCCCGCCUCCCGCCUGGGCUCGCGGCCGCGCUGGGUCGCCUGGGCGGCCCCGGGGAGCCCCGCACGCCCGGCCUGGGGUCGGGUCGCGGCCGCCGGCCCAGCGCGUCUUUGUCUCUCAGGCCGCGCGGGGCUCCCAGGCGCACCGCAGGGCCGAGCCUCGGUGCAGAACAAAAGCCCCGGCGCGUGCCGAGUGGCCUGCGGAGAGCGGGUCCGGGAGCCGCGGGCAGGUAAGGCCGGCGCGCUGGGCGCCGCGUCCGUCCCGCGGGCGGGGCGGGCUGGCUGGAGGCCCUGGUGGCGGCCACCGGCUCCCAGUCCCCGGCGGCGUUUCCGUCCGAGCCCGUCGCGUGAGCGCCGGAGGGCGUUCGGCGAGGGCUGGGAACGGCCCCGGUUCUCUGCAGACGCGCAGUGGCGGCAGGACAGGGCCCAGCGGAGACGUCGGUGCGGAAUACGGCCUGCCUGCUUCGGGUUGGGCGCAGGCCCGGCGCCCCGGAGGCCUGGCGGGCGUCCCAGAGCUUCGUACACGCUCCCGGAACCCGAGAGCCUGCCGGUGGGCGCGGGGCCCCUCGGGGAGGGCGCGGGCCGGCCCGGGGACCGGGGAGGCGGGGUGUGGGCCCCACACCCGGCGGAGACGGGCAGGCGUGGGCCUGGUAGGUCUUGCAGUUGGGUUUUUUCUUUUUAGGUAAAAUUUACAUAACAAAUUAGUGCGCAGUCCAGUCGUUUCUUUGUGUGUUGAGGAAGUUGUGCGAUCGUCAUCACUGAUUCCAAAACAUUUUCAUCGUCCCCCGGAAGAAACCCCUGCGCCUACUAAGCAGCCCUUCCCCAUUCCUCACUCCCCCUGCUCUAGGCAACCGCUUACCUGUGAGGGUUGCAGGCAGAUUUUAGGAUAGUUGUUGCCAAAUCAACCGAACAGUUACCUCGACGUUGUGACUCGCUGUGGGGACCCUUUGGCAAUUUCCGCCCCCUCGUCCGGGAUAGUGCUCUUGGCUUAGCUUAUUCAGGUCGCCACUUCUCUCCAGGAGGUCUGUUGUGUUUUUGACACGUAAAAUCUGCUUUCUUACAACGCUCCCCAGGAGUCUCUUGAUGCUUCCGUGGAUGGGUCCUCUUCUUUGUUCCUGCAGGAUCUUCUGUGAGAAAGGACCACUUUUCUCUUUUUCACCUCCGUCACUAGGUUGUAUUGCAGUUGCUCUCUGUGCAUCACCGAAUUCAUUGUUGCUGGGCAGGUGCCUGUUUGGUUAAUCCUGUGGGAUGGCGGCCGUCAACCCGUGGGCCUCCUGGGGUGUCCUUACAGAUGAGUCCUGGGGGAUGGCAGCUGUUGACCCAUGGGUGUCCUGGGGUGAGUCAAGAGCCUGUGUCCCCAUUGGCCACAUUGGCUGCCAUGUCGUGGCCUCUCCCAGCAGUGAUCUGCCAUUGCCAUGGAUCACAGCCAGUGAACCAGCUCUGUGCCCUCAAGACACUGCGUGGCGUGUGGAGGAAACUCCCGAGGAAGGGAGGAAGGCUACCGGGCUCCUGACUGCCCAGGUCCAGGAACCAGUGACCUUCAAGGACGUGGCUGUGGACUUCACCCAAGAAGAGUGGGGGCAGCUGGACCCUGUUCAGAGGACCCUGUACCGGGAUGUGAUGCUGGAGACCUAUGGGCACCUGCUCUCUGUGGGGAAUCAGAUCCCCAAGCCUGAGGUCAUCUCCCUGUUGGAGCAAGGAGAAGAGCCAUGGUCGGUGGAGCAAGCAUAUCCUCAAAGCACUUGUCCAGAAUGGAUGAGAAUUCUUGAAAGCAAAGUGUUGAUCCCAACACAGAGCAUUUUUGAAGAACAAUCCCAUAGCAUGAAGUUGGAAAGGUACAUAUGGGAUGAUCCUUGGUUCUCUAGGUUAGAAGUGUUGGGAUGUAGAGACCAAUUAGAAAUGUACCACAUGAACCAGAGUACAGCCAUGAGGCAAAUGGUCUUCAUGCAAAAGCAAGUAUUGUCUCAGAGAGGCUCUGAGUUCUGUCAACUUGGGGCAGAGUGUAACCAGAGCUUUGUCCCAUCUCAGAGAGUUUCUCAAAUAGAACACUUCUAUAAGCCUGAUACAAAUGCUGAAAGCUGGAGAUGUAACUCAGCCAUAGUGUAUGCAGAUAAGAUUACCUGUGAAAAUAAUGAUUAUGACAAAGCCUUCUACCAGUCAGUGCAACCUAUCCACCCUGCAAGGGUGCAAACUGGGGAUAAUCUUUUCAAAUGUACUGAUGCUGUUCAGUCUUUCAAUCAUAUACUACAUUUUGGUGAUCAUAAGGGAAGUCAUACAGGAGAAAAACUCUAUGAAUAUAAGGAAUGCCAUCAAAUCUUUAACCAAAGCCCACAAUUUAAUGAACAUCCAAGACUUCAUAUUGGAGAAAACCAGUAUGAUUACAAAGAAUUUGAGAAUAUCUUUUACUUCUCGUCCUUUAUGGAACAUCAAAAAGUUGGUACUAUAGAGAAAGCUUAUAAAUACAAUGAAUGGGAGAAAGUCUUUGGGUAUGACUCAUUCCUUACUCAACAUACAAGCACUUACACUGCAGAGAAACCCUAUGAAUAUAAUGAAUGUGGGACAUCUUUCAUCUGGAGCUCUUACCUUAUCCAACAUAAGAAAACUCAUACCGGAGAGAAACCCUAUGAAUGUGAUAAAUGUGGGAAAGUUUUUAGGAAUCGUUCAGCCCUUACUAAACAUGAACGGACUCACACUGGAAUAAAACCCUACGAAUGUAAUAAAUGUGGGAAAGCCUUCAGCUGGAAUUCUCAUCUUAUUGUACAUAAGAGAAUUCAUACAGGAGAGAAACCUUAUGUAUGUAAUGAAUGUGGGAAAUCUUUCAACUGGAACUCUCAUCUCAUUGGACAUCAGAGAACUCACACUGGAGAGAAACCUUUUGAAUGUACUGAAUGUGGAAAAUCUUUCAGCUGGAGCUCCCAUCUUAUUGCCCAUAUGAGAAUGCAUACUGGAGAGAAGCCCUUUAAAUGUGAUGAAUGUGAAAAGGCUUUUAGGGAUUACUCAGCCCUGAGUAAACAUGAAAGAACUCACUCUGGAGCAAAACCAUAUAAAUGUACUGAAUGUGGAAAAUCUUUCAGCUGGAGUUCCCAUCUUAUUGCUCAUCAGAGAACUCACACAGGAGAAAAACCCUAUAACUGUCAGGAAUGUGGCAAAGCAUUCAGAGAACGCUCAGCUCUCACUAAACACGAAAUAAUUCAUUCUGGAAUUAAGCCUUAUGAAUGUAAUAAAUGUGGAAAAUCUUGCAGUCAGAUGGCUCACCUUGUUAGACAUCAAAGGACUCAUACUGGAGAAAAGCCCUAUGAAUGCAAUAAAUGUGGAAAAUCCUUCAGCCAGAGCUGUCACCUUGUUGCUCAUCGGAGAAUUCACACUGGUGAGAAACCCUAUAAAUGUAAUCAAUGUGAAAGAUCCUUUAACUGUAGCUCUCACCUUAUUGCACACCGGAGAACUCAUACGGGAGAGAAACCAUAUAGAUGUAAUGAAUGUGGGAAAGCAUUUAAUGAGAGUUCUUCCCUUAUUGUACAUCUGAGAAAUCAUACUGGAGAAAAACCCUACAAAUGUAAUCAUUGUGAGAAAGCUUUCUGUAAGAAUUCUUCUCUUAUUAUUCAUCAGAGAAUGCAUAGUGGAGAGAAACGCUUUAUAUGCAGCGACUGCGGAAAAGCCUUUAGUGGUCACUCAGCCCUACUUCAACACCAGAGAAAUCACAGUGAAGAGAAACUCUGUGAAUUGAAUUGAUGAGAGACUUUUCUUUUGUUGUACAUUUGAUAAUACAUUGAAGGAAAUCCCUAUCAGUAUAAUCAAGAGAAAUUUAUUAGUAAGAGUUUAGUAAGACUUCUCCCCUUAUUAUUGAAUAGAAAAUAUCUUCUUAGAAGAAACCUGUGAAUGAAAAGAAUAGGGAAAAGCUUUCAGCAGUUAUGUAGCCCUUAUUUAACAACAAAUUAUUACAGUGAAGAAAACUUGAAACUCCCCUCAUGGUCCACUGGGAAUCCUACUUGAGUAACAUGAACAUGGGAAAUGAGACAUCUUUUAGUAAGAGAUCUCGACAACUUGUGGAUCAGAGGGUAUAGUUAAGGGAAAAACCUUAUGCUAGGAAAAGUGUUUCAACUGGAAAUACACUUUUGCAUCAAGCUGGAGUGUUGGAUGGGAAUCUUUAUAAUAACAUUUUGUGCAUAAUUAUGGAAAUACAGAUUUUGCUAUUAUAAGGGGAGGGUCUGAGUGCCCUUUAAGGAAUAGAAUAUGGAAUACUAAAUCUGAAUUUAAGAAAAAAGUAGUAUUGAAUGGGAUAUUUACUGUUGAUCAAGAUUAACCUUAGAAAAGAUUAGUAAAUGAGAUUAGUAAUGGUGGAAAGGUUAUUGCCUAGAAGAAUGAGACUGAUGUUUUGAAACAAAAGGUGAUACGUAUUAACCCUGUGUGUCAGUGACCCUGGUUUACUCAUUACUGCAUUGUUGGACAAUUAGUUUGUAAUUUGUUUUAGGCAAUCACCAUAAGUUAUAAUUAUGGACACUGCAUCAAUAUACAUAACAUGAAGGAAUAAGGAGGAGACAGAAUUGUAUAUACAUAUCUACUAUACCAUCUAAAAAAAUGUAUAUGGAUAAGGACUGGAAAGACCCAUGGAGAAAUUAACCCAGUUAAUUUGAUUUUUUUUUUAAGUGUCACAAACCUAGCACUUAGCGUGUGCUAGGCUUUGUUUUCAAUGCUUUUCAACUAUUAACUUGUUCAAUCCCCUUAAUUCUAUGAGCUAGAUACUAUUAUUAUCCCAGUUUUACAAAUAGAGAAACUGAGGCAGAGAUGUUGUGAAACCUACCUAAGGACACACAGCUAGAAAGGUUUGGAGCUGGGAUUGUCUCCAGAGUUCAUGUUUUUAACUACUACGUUAUGCUGCCUCUCCAGUGAUUUUUUUCCCUAAUGUUUUUUUCUUUUAUUCAGUGUUUCUAUAGUAGAUAUUUGAUAAUAAAAAUCGAGAAAUUCCUAAACAACAAGAAAUAAAGUUACCUGGCUUUCUGUCCUGAAGGAUUUCUGGUAACAUGAGAGCUAAGAUCCCUUUAGAAUAUGAAGUCUGGACUGGACAUUCAGAACCACUGCAUUUUCUGGGACCUGAGUUUGCUAGAAUUUCACCACCCACAACCCUGAGGAUUACAGCAUAGCAGGGGCUGGGGGACUCACUGGAGGUUUGGGCAAGUCUGAGGAAUGCCCUUGAUGGGUUUAGAAUGCCUCUCAGGGGGCAGAGGGCAAGAGACACUACUGCACAUGGGAGCACCUUUUCUCAAGGUCUCCCUUGAAUUCAGUGUUUAUAUUUUCUUUAUAUUCUACAGAUGAAAAGAUUGCUUGAUAGAAGGGAGGAUUCAGAAGGGAAUCUAGUCCAUCACAUAAGAGUGAGGAAGUCUCUCUGAGUGCUCACAGGGGGAAGGGAGCAAGAGGGGUAGGAGGACUUUGGACGCUUCUCUCCAGUUCACACGUAUUUCCUGCAUUUCCCUAAACAAGGGCUAUAAUUAGGGGCAACAAUCCUUCCUGGAUAGGCUUCAAGGGUAUUGGUUAGAAAUCUAGGUACAAAAGAUUCAUCAGGUUCUCGAGGGGUCCAUAACUCCCUAGUGGUUGAGAACCAGUGGCCUACUCGUAUCAUGGGAAGGCUGUGUUCACCAUGUGACUCCUGUGGCUGGAGCUCAAAUAGGUAUGUAGUAUCUGAUUCCCUACUUUUCAGGGCUUAAUGCAUAGUCAUCACCCAAUAAAUGUUGCAGGAGUAAAUUA